CAGUUCUGUGCUCGCGCGAGGACUAGUCACGAGUCCUCAUGGAUGAAGUGAACGGCCCCUUCCGCUUCUGGCGCGCGCUGUCACGCGGCUAUUUAACUGUCUCGCCUAACCUUCUGCGUGCUACCUGGCGAGGUGGGCGCAUGCGCCAUGUGGCGCCCGCGCAGCCAGCCCCUCUUCAGUGGGCAAAGCGCUGUACCUCUGUCGCCUUGCAGCCGCUAUCUCUGAGCAUGGCGUGUGGGUGGUUCUUCCCGAGGCUAUAGUCGCGGCCUUUGCCUGUCCCACUCUUUCCUUAAUGCCCGUGGCUUAAGAAAUGUGGAGUCAUUGCGCGUCCCUCUCUGACGAUGCCUCGGCCCAAGUCUGAUGCAUCAUGUCCAAAAUGGGACCCUCUCGUGUGGGACUUGGUGUGAUAUUGGGAGCAGCAGGAAUAGGUCUUUUCUACUUCUUUUAUAAACAAAAGAGGAAAAAAUCUUGGUGGAGAGGGCACUCCAAAGGCCUUAGUACAUGGAGUCUGCAAAAUGCUCUGGGCUCUCAGGAAUACACAGAUAUCGUACACUCACAUAAUCAAGUUCCACUGAGACUAGGCCCAAUAGAGGGUGGUGACAGCAACCCAUGUACAUCUUUUCUAACACGUGAAGAACAAGCAGAAGUCCUGAACCGUCUGGACUUUGUGCUGAAAAGCCUUAUAGAGCUGCGGCAUGAAGUAGAAGAGUUGCGGAAUGGCUUGCAGGGUUUAGCUGGAGAAAUUGUUGGAGAAGUGAGGUCCCAUCUGGAAGAUAACCAAAAGGCUGUUCGGCGGAAGCGCUUUGCAUUUCCCAGAGAAAGGAGUGAUUCUGCAGGAUCCAGCUCCAUAUAUUUUACAGCCAGUUCAGGCACAGUGAAUACAGAUGACGGUGAAAGUGAAGGAGGCUACACCACAGCCAAUGCAGAGUCAGAUUAUGACCGAGAAACUGAUAAAGAAAGUGAGGAAGAUGAAAACAGUUGUGAUACAGUGAGGAAUGCGAGGAGGGAUUCCCUGGACCUUGUCAAUGAUGAUGAAGCAACGUUGACCUUUGACUCUGCUGUGGAGGAAGAACUUAGCCAGUUGCUUCAGCAAGCGGAUCAUUUGCACAGUGGGAGUGACCAAGAGAAGAAAGAAGGAUUCCAACUGUUGCUUAACAAUAAACUAGUGUAUAGUGGCAAACAGGAGUUCCUUUGGCGACUGGCUCGAUCAUAUAGUGACAUGUAUGAAAUCACAGACGACGCAGAAGAGAAGAAAACCUUUGCAGCUGAUGGGAAGGAGGAGGCAGAAAGGGGUCUGCAGAUGGAAAGUCAGAUUGCUGAAUGUCACCAGUGGUAUGCUGUUCUGUGUGGUCAGUGCUCAGAACAUGAAAGUAUACAAAAUCGCAUUCAAGCUGGGCAUGUGUUCAAGAAACAUGUAGAUCAAGCCAUUGCUCUGAAACCAGAUGACCCCAAAUCUUUCUACCUCUUGGGCCGAUGGUGUUACCAGGUCUCUCAUUUGGGAUGGUUAGAAAGGAAAACUGCUUCUGCUUUCUAUGAAGAACCUCCUACAGCCACUGUCCAAGAUGCACUGCAGAAUUUCUUAAAGGCUGAAAACCUGAGUGCUGGUUUUUCAAAAGCAGGCAGGGUAUACAUUGCCAAGUGCUACAGUGAACUGGGGAAUAACUCUGCAGCUGCUCAUUGGUUGACUUUGGCUUCAGAGCUGCCAGUUCUCACAAAAGAGGAUGCAGAAAGUAACAAAGAAAUUGAAGAGAUGCUGGCAUCUUCGGAAGCCUGAGCAAGUUCAGAGUUCCCACCCAAUAUAUGAGAUCAGCGAAAUAUCCAGUGUAAACGUUUUUGCAAUGAUUAUCCUAACUGAGCUUCACAAGCAAGCUGCAGAAUCCAAAAAGAACAACCCCAUUGUAACAUUAUCAUUCCAUCUUUAAAUAUUCAUACUGUCAAGAGAGUCAUGGUCAAAGAAUAUGUAAUCCUGUCCCUCUCUCUUUCUCUCGCUGCUGUAUUAGAUAGAUUCCUUUCCUUAACAGUUCCCAAAGCAGAAUUUACUCAUUGAUCUGUUUUUUUGAGCUUGUUUGAUUUUUGCAUAUUCAACAUCUGGAGAGUUUUAAGAAAUACUAAUUGCACAAUUUCUAUAAGAUGGGAUAGUUUGCUUUGCAUGAAUCAUACACAUUUUCAGACAUACUGUUUUCAUCAAAUGGAUGGACAUUCAUCUUCCAAAAGUUUAAGUGUUGCCUGCUUUCAGGUUUGUGUGCUUGUUGGAAAUAAGUAUCACUGCCACAAACAUUGAUUGAAAUGUUUAAUUCAAGAAAUAAACAAUGGUUUUAAUAAUUUAAAAUAUGCUCCUUCUGUACAAACUGUCUACUAGUGGAAGGGGAAAUGCUUACUUUUGAAAGACCAGAGUUCUCAUGAUUUAACAAAUUAACAAACCAACAAGCUUAUGUCCAAGAGCAGUAUGAUUCCAAUACUAUGAAACCUAAUAAGGUGCUCUCAGUAUCUUAACAAUCCAUUUUUCCACAAUUGGGUAGAUUAUUAUCUCACACAUACUACAGCAUUUCUUAAUUAUGUGCAAUGAGUGUUUAAAAAAACUUUUAAGUUUUCUCUUGUAUGAGUUUAAUUCAUUCCCCUAAAUACAUUUUGAAAUUGGAAGAGUUACCAUUAACCAAAGGCAUUUCUUAUUAUGUAGUUUCCCAGUUCUUAAUUCCCUUUCCUAUCAUUUUUAGACAACCAUCACAAAUAUUUCAAAGUAAUUCCAGUAGACUAGACACAUUAGUCUCUUGCAGAAAAAGUCAGUAAGAGUCUGUGAUUAUUUAAAGAUGAGCAAAAUGUUAUUUUAGCAUGUGUUAUUGUGGUUUAGAGUCUUUUUCUUAAGAUGCAGUGAAUGUGGACUCUUCUUUGGUGUGUGAAUCCUCACUAUAUAAAUAUAAAAUGUACAGAGGAUUCAGCUAUUGCAUCUGAAGAAGUGAAGUGUAGAUGAUGAGACUUUAUGCUGGAAUAAGAUUUUGGUAGUCCUGAAGCUGCCACAGUAAUAUAACUUGCUUGGCACUUACAGAUUUCUAUAGCUAUUAAUGACUGAAAUACUUGUUCCGCUAUUAUAGGGUUUCAGUCCACCAAGCUCAUACCUUUUGCAAACUCUAAGCUGUACAUUCCAUACCACCCAUUUGCUUCGAUGUACCAGGUUGCAGGAAAAAACCUUAAUGCAUUUUGUCCUAAUGCUUCAGUUUCUACCAUCCAUAUUAUAAUGGAGCUUACAGAUACAUGAUAUUUUUUUAAGUUUGAGAUUUACUAAUAUUUGUGUUGUUUAGAUAUUGCAGUACUGACUAAAAUUUGGCUUAUUUGUAAGGGUGUAGAUACACAUGCACACACACAUUCAGCAUUCCUGUGAAACCUGUUGAGGCAGUUAUGAUUGUGCCUUGAAAGGGACCUUGGUUGAGCCCCAUAUCUUCCCUUUCAACGGACCUGGCAUGUCAAGUAAAAUUAAUCAAUUGUUCAACUGCCUCUGCAGUAGGACCAAAUGGUUCUGCUCAGGCAAUAUUGGAUGUUAAGAAAUUAGAGUUAGUUCUCCAGUACACAAAGAGUAGAUGAUCCACCAGGUAGCACUGAUCCACCAGGUUGCACUGAAAUCAGUUCUAGUUCAUGGAAAGGAUUUUUUAGUUUUACAGAAAUAUGAGUGUUUGUUUAGCAUGGGGAAAUUUAAUUACCAUAUAUAUUCGUGUAUAAGUCGAGUUUUUCAGCAAAUUUUUUGUGCUGAAAAAGCCCCCCUCAACUUGUACAUGAGUCAGCUGUAUUUUAAAAAAUAUUGUAGGGUUUUUACUUUGUCGGCUGCCAGG